UGACCAUUCGUGCGAAAUAUCACGUUUUGUUGGGAUUGAAAUAAUUGAAUUUUUUACUGAUUAGUGAUUAGUACCACCUGGGAACCUGCAGAAGAUAUACGUUUUCAGCUGAGAGUUUUAUCAUUUUACACAGCUCAAACAAGGAUUAUUUAGGUGUCUAAAAUGGCUGAAACAACGAACGACGAAGCAAGAAAUAUAUUGAUUGCUGUAGACGGCAGUAAGCAUUCGGAACGUGCUUUCAAAUUUUAUCUCAGUGACAUUUGUAAGAGUGGGGAUCAUGUGAUAGUAUUCCAUGCACAAGAAAUGCCGACUUUACCUGCAGCUCCUUAUCCAUAUGGGUAUGCCUAUUAUGAAGAAUGGCAGGAUGUUAUGAAGAAAGCUGAUGAAGAUGCUAAAGUUUUACUCCGACAUUAUGGAGAUACGUUGAAACAAAGAAACGAUGUCAAAUUUAAACUGGUAAAAGAAGGUGGCAAACCAGGAGAGUUGAUUGUAAAGAAUGGUGAAGAAGAAAAUGCAAAGAUAGUUGUCUUAGGAUCACGGGGUCAGGGUGCUGUACGUCGCACAUUUCUUGGAAGUGUUAGUGACUAUGUAGUUCAUCAUAGUCAUUCUGCUGUGUGUGUUGUACCACCAGAAAAACACUAACUUUCACAAUAGUAAUUUAAUCAUUCAAUAUUGAUUCAUUGUCGCAUUAAGGUGUGAGCCAUAUUUUUUUCAUUAAAAAAUUGUAGCACUGUCAGGCUAUUUGAAAUAAAGCAAUCAAACCCAGAAUAUUCUCAACUAUCCAACAUGCUUACUUACAUAAAGAUAGAUAUA